GGGCCCGGCUGGGCGCUCAGGAAAUAGGCGGGGACCGGGAGGAGGGAGCGGAGGAAGAUGGCAGAGUCGGAGGCUCAGCUGCUCCUGGGCGUGGGGCUGAUCGAAAAAGAUACGAAUGGAGAUGCUCUGUGGGUUUGGUGUUACCCUUCUACAACGAUUGAACUAAGGGAUCUCUUAUUGAGGAAAUGCUGCCUUACAGAUGAAAGCAAACAGCUGCAUACAUUCAUAUUUGGUCAGUACAGACUGACAUGGUUUUAUAUUGCAACCAUAGAAGUUCCAGAUCCGUCACCCUUGAAAAAGGUGACCCAUUUUUCUAUUAUCCUGACUACCAAAGACUUUAAUCCAGAGAAAUAUGCAGCCUUCACUAGGAUUCUUUGUAGAAUAUACAUGAAGUAUGGGAGUCCAGUAAAAAUGAUGGAGAGUUAUAUAUCCGUCCUUACAAAGGGGAUCUGCCAGAGUGAAGAGAAUGGCUCUUUCCUGAGCAAAGACUUUGAUGUCAGAAAAGCUUACCUUGCAGGCUCAAUCAAAGAUAUAAUAUCUCAGUUUGGUAUGGAAACGGUCAUCUUAUAUACUGCUCUCAUGUUAAAGAAAAGAAUUGUAGUAUACCACCCCAGAAUUGAAGCUGUCCAGGAGUUUACAAGGGCUCUACCAGCUUUAGUGUGGCAUCGGCAAGACUGGUCAAUCCUUCAUUCAUACGUACAUCUGAAUGAUGGUGAACUGGAAGCAUUAAAAAUGUGUCCAGGUUACAUUGCUGGGUUUACCAAUUCAGAAGUGAGCAACAGGCCAGAUCUGUAUGAUGUUUAUGUGAAUUUGGCUGAAAGUGAAAUCACUGUUUCGCAGCAAGCAAAAGAGGCAAUGACAAUGGGGAAACUGCACAAAGACAUCGGUCAACUCAUUGUUCAGUCUGCAGAAGAUCCGGACAAACCUAACAGUCAAGUUGUUAAGGACAUUUCACUGAAGACGAAAGAAAUUUUGACAAGCCUAGCCUCAUUCACAGAAGUCCUGUGUGAUGGUGAGAAGCCAUCACUUAACUUUGAAGCACUGAAACAGAAGCGAUUUCCACCAGCGACUGAAAAUUUCCUUUAUCAUUUGGCAGCUGCUGAACAAAUGCUUAAAAUCUGAACAAAUGUUUUAAGAGCUGAUGUUUUAAACGAACUUCAGUAUAAUGCAUCAAAAGGAACCUUCUGUUUACUAUACUUUAAAUUGUCCGAAAUCUUUGUAAAGCAUUCAGUGAAGUACACAGCUUUUAUAAAAAAAAUCUUGGAAUGGGCAAGGCUAAUACAGAAUUGAGAUGAAGUCCCUCAGUGUAUAGGAUUUUUUUUACUUAAUUUUUUUUACAAAUGGGAUAGAUUUUUAAGAUAAAGGAUAGCCAACACCUGCUAUACUUUAUCUGCAAAGGAUGUGAGGGUGAAUUUGUUUUGACCUGGAUCUUUGAUACAUGUAGGUGAAAUGUAGUAUUUGAGAAACACUUUAAACUUCAUAAUGGCCACAAACCUGUUGGAUAUUUACACAUGUACAGUAGGAAUUGUAAGCUAGUGUGGCUAAUUGAUGAGGUGUUGGUCAUGUGCUGUAUCACAUACCCAGGAUGUACUGACACUUUGUCAGUUAGCUGCAAUCAGUCACAGCAACUUCCUUGAUUUUGCUUGCAAAAGUAUCUAGUAGGAUUUUGACCAAUAUCAACAAACAGAAUACUAUGAAAAUCUGAAAGCCAUUAAAAUUUAAAAGAUGAGUUGCCUUAUGCAGUCAAGAGUCAGUCUAAAGCCAAGACACAACUGCUCCUCCAAGUUCCUUUGGCAGUCACUUAAUGAAGGGCAUGUGCAACUCCAUUUAUUUAGUAAUCACCCACCCACAUCCACUUGCAAUGUUGUGGGUCUGCUGGCAGCUAUAAUUUUAGGAUUAACGAACAAAAGGACAACUCCUGCCCUGGGCUUCCAGACAUAAGAGUAGUCACGUGUCUACAAGUGUACAUGUGUAGUGCACUUUCCAAUUAAUGCUCUUUGCAUGUUUUUUUGGAGUCUGUGAGCAUGAUCAGACUGGUCUGCCUUGUAUGUGGGGGGCAGAGGCAUAUAUAGGUGUCAACUCUGUACCCAACAUUCAGGGCAAACGUCAUUGCUAAACUGCAUAUAUGAAUAUUCCCAAUGGCUGAUUUCUUGAAGAGGAAACUAGUUCCAAGAGGAAAUGUUAUUUCUGUCAGCAAGGGGAGGUUCAACUCUUUCCCCUUUCCUGCUGUUUUUCUGUAGCUGUUCCAUCUGGCUAGCAAACAUGUUUACCAACAAUAAGCCUCAGCCUGGACCUGGGGAAAGGAAGAACAGUGUACACACACUCUACAUAGCCUCCCCCCACCCCGGGAAUCAACCCAGGUGAAGCCACUUUUCCUUUAAAGCAGCCCUUGAGAUUUGCGCAUAUGGUAUCGUUUUGCCUGUUGACUCAAAAAUAAAGAUUUUACAAAGCAA